AUGGUCAAUGUACCUAAAACUCGAAGGACUUUCUGUAAGAAACGUGGCAAGCGUCAGCCUCACAAAGUGACCCAGUAUAAGAAGGGCAAGGAUUCCCUGUAUGCCCAGGGAAGGAGGCGCUACAUACAACCAAAGCAGAGUGGCUAUGGUGGGCAGACAAAGCCAAUUUUCUGGAAGAAGGUUAAAACCACAAAGAAGAUUGUCCUAAGGCCUGAGUGUGUUGAACUGAACUGCAGAUCCAGGAGGAUGCAGGCCAUUAAAAGAUGCAAACAUUUUGAACUGGGGGGAGAUAAGAAGAGACAGGGCGAGGUGAUCUAG